CCAACUGCUCUCCUCUCUUGCCCUAGUCAGACUCCCCCUUAAUCAUCCAAGAUCCCGCAGAGCACCAAAGCCACCCCUAGGUCCCCUGAGCUCUUCUUGGAACUGGCCUUGGCAGCCGAUUAAAGACGUUCCGCCACCCUUUAUCUCGGCCUAGUGACUCUCGCUAGUGGGCUCCAUCCUCCUCCAGGGGCGGAGGAUCGUAUCGGCCCCGCCCUCCGACCCAUGGCCUGACCCUCCUCAAAGGCACCCAGAGGCGGACUCCGCGCCCCUGUCCGCGCCCCGCCCCGGCUGGCCCAGUACCACCCCGCGGUAGGUUAAGAGCCCCCCAUACCCCGGAGCUCCGAACAGACAGUCCCUCGUGGGGGGGCAAGCCGGUUUGAUUGUCAUGGCGACGACGAGGCUGGCCUGGGCCCUGUGGGUCGCACCUGCGGGUAGGAGGCUGCGUGGCCCCCGAGGCACCGGGAGCGCCCGGAGGCUGAGCAGCAGCGCGCGGAGGCGGGCAGCCAGGGGCACCAGCCCGGGGCGACGGCUCAGCACCGCCUGGGCGCCGGCCCAGCCCGUCCGAGAAGAGGCGGAGAGCACCGAGGACGACUCCCACUCGCCUGCCGCGAAGAAGCCAUCGUGGACGCCCUCUCCCGAGCCCUCGGUGCCCCCGGAUUCCGCCGAGCCGCCAGCGGGGCGCUCGCUGGUGCAGCGGGACAUCCAGGCUUUCCUGAACCAGUGCGGGGCCAGCCCCGGGGAAGCGCGCCACUGGCUCACGCAGUUUCAGACCUGCCACCACUCCGCGGACAAGCCCUUCGCUGUCAUCGAGGUGCAGGACGAGGUGCUCAAGUGCCGACGGGCCGUAUCCAGCCUGGCCUUCGCCCUGGCCUUCCUGCAGCGCAUGGACAUGAAGCCGCUGGUGAUUCUGGGGCUGCCGGCUCCCACGGCUCCUUCAGGCUGUCUUUCCUUCUGGGAGGCCAAGGCACAGCUUGCCCAGAGAUGCAAGGUGCUGGUGGAUGCGCUGCGGCACAAUGCAGCCACUGCCGUACCUUUUUUUGGCGGCGGGUCGGUGCUGGGCGCUGCUGAGCCAGCCCCUCAUGCCAGCUAUGGCGGCAUCGUCUCGGUGGAGACGGACCUGCUACAGUGGUGCCUGGAGUCGGGCAGCAUCCCCAUCCUGUGCCCUAUCGGGGAGACGGCCGCCCGCCGCUCGGUGCUCCUCGACUCGCUGGAGGUGACCGCGUCGCUGGCCAAGGCUCUGCAGCCCACCAAAAUCAUCUUCCUCAAUACCACGGGUGGCCUGCGGGACAGCAGUCACAAGGUCCUGAGUAACGUGAACUUGCCCGCCGACCUGGACCUGGUGACCAACGCCGCGUGGGUGAGCACCAGAGAAAGGCAGCAGAUGCGGCUCAUCGUGGACGUGCUCAGCCGCCUGCCGCACCGCUCCUCGGCUGUCAUCACCGCCGCCAGUACACUGCUCACCGAGCUCUUCAGCAACAAGGGGUCCGGUACCCUGUUCAAGAAUGCAGAGCGGAUGCUGCGAGUGCGCAGCCUGGACAGCCUGAACCAAGGCCGCCUAGUGAACCUGGUCAAUGCCAGCUUCGGCAAGAAGCUCCGGGACGACUACUUGGCCUCACUGCGCCCGCGGCUGCACUCUGUCUACUACUCUGAGGGGUACAACGCGGCCGCCAUUCUGACUACGGAGCCCGUUCUAGGGGGCACCCCGUAUCUAGACAAGUUUGUGGUGAGCUCCAGCCGCCAAGGCCAAGGCUCCGGCCAGAUGCUGUGGGAGCGCCUGCGGCAGGACCUGCAGACGCUUUUCUGGCGCUCCCGGGUCACCAACCCCAUCAAUCCCUGGUAUUUCAAACACAGCGACGGCAGCUUCUCCAACAAGCAGUGGAUCUUCUUCUGGUUUGGCCUGGCUGAUAUCCGGGACUCUUACGAGCUGGUCAACCAUGCCAAGGGGUUGCCAGACUCCUUCUGCAAGCCGGCUUCUGACCCAGGCAGCUGACCCACUCCACCAGUCCUGCAGACCCUGGGAUGGCCAGGGUGGACCAAAAGCCAUGUCUGCUGGAGGUGACCCCAGGCAGCCAGAGGCCGGACCAGGCUUGUUGGCUGAGUGAUCUACAGAGGAGGCAGCAGCCCCUACUCUACCCUGCCAAGGGCAGGAUGCGCAUGAGGACAAGUACUGGAAGGAGAAGGGAGAAGACCUCCCAUUGGCUCCAAAGCCAACCAGAUGGCCUUCAAUUUUUAGUCUAGAGAUUUGAGGGAAGGAGGACUUGCCUUUGCGGGCUCUACUCAGGGCUUAAGGGUAGGCCAGUUCCUCUGGCCUCUAUGCUGUUUUGAGGCUCCCUUACCCAAAAUAUCACCCACAUCUGCCUGAUAUUCCACCAUUCAUUUCCAUUCACUCAGCUGGCAACUUUACAGGAGGCCUUGAUUAAAAUGCAAAUAUUUGUCUGAGAGUCAGCUCACACUUGAAAGGAAAUUAGCAGUGACCCUCUGGGAGUAAGAUCUUGAGGGCUGUGGAACCAGGGGGCUCCUAGAGGGAAGAGAGGAGCUAAAUGAACCGGAGGCCCCAGGAUGAAUGCUGCCACCAUCCCCCUCCCUUGGCCGCCCCCAGGGACUCCCCUUCCCCUUAGUUAGGAAACAUGCUCCAUCCCACAGGCCAGACUUGACAGCAGCCCCAGCCCCCUUUCCAGGUAGGGCUCAGAGCCAAGCCCAAGUUGGCUGUUUUCCUCUAGGCCCCCUGGAGGUUGCGUCUCAGUCUUUGCUGGAGCAGAACAUCUCAGAUGGGCAGGAGUCCAAAGUCUGAGGUUUCAUUUGACAUUUCUGACCCCCAUGAUGUGCCAGGCACCACCAGGGCUGUCAGGACUACUUUCUGUCAGGAGGUGCAUGGACGAGCAGGGAGAGAGUCACCACGGCACAAAGCCCACCCCUGAGAGCAGCCUGUCUUCUCUCAGGAGAGGGGUGGUGUCGAGUACACAUCUGGGUGCAGGCAUUAGACAGACCUGCCCAGGAAUCCAGCUCUGUGGCUUGAGGCAAGCUGUUCACCUUUUCUGAGCCUUCAUUUCCUCACCUGUGAAAUGAAAACUCCCUGGCCUCAUAGUGGACACCUAAUGUUAGUUCUCUCCCUCGAGCUGCCCUCACCCAAAAUUUCUUCAAAAAGAACUGGCACCAAACGGGGAGGAAAGGACAAGCCACAACAAGAGGGACUGAAGUGAGAGGUGAAAGCAUAUACUACAAGAAGCUUUCGGAGACUCUUGACAAGAGAGCCAAAGGACUGUGGGAACUCUCAGAACAGGGGAAAGAUCAUGGGCGGACCAAGGUGGGGCUUAACCAGAUGUGGUCUUUCAAGAAACCCCGGAUCAAUCCUAGCCAAUGGCAAAGUGCCCUGUGGGGAGAACAGAGAAGCAAAGCCAAGAGUCUAUAUAAAAUGUUUAUUUUUGGA